AUGAGCCCUCUGCUGGUUGCUAAUGGCACUGUGAAGGCCAACCCUAACCCUCUCCUCCCAGACCUGGAUCAGAGCCUCACUGAGCUCCUGGACAGUCUGUGGUGGUACUCAGCCCAGGACCCACUGCACCAGGAGAUAACAUCUGUUCUCCUGACUGCAGAGAUGAAGCGUUUAUACCUAAUCACUGGAGGAGCUGGAGGAGCUGGAGGAGCUGCUCUUACUGUCGGACGUUCAGUGCUCAUCUGGUGGUUUGUGAGUGAUCAUUCUGCUCCACCUCCAAAUACAUCAUAUCAACUCAGCACGGUUCCUGAAGCUGUUGAUGACAUGUAUGAAGGCUGCAAAGGGGAAAUGGAGAAGGUCAACGAAGAAACAUUUAAAGAAGCCUGGAAACAUGCCGAACAAUGUUCAAACAAACAACCAAACCCAGAAGAUAAGGCUCUCACCAAGAUCCACAUGCAGGCAAUCUGUGCUUAUACAUCUAACAUUACUUAUGAUGAAUUCAAUAAAGCAGUCCGGACCGGUAAGAACAUCUACGGCAGCUCCUUCAAAUUCCACUAUUUACACUUCUGGCUGACUACUGCCAUACAAACCCUGAAUAACAAUCAACGCUGUCACAUUACGUACAGAAAAACCAAAUCUGUGUUCAGCGGCAACGUUAGCGACAUCAUCCGGUUUGGUUCGUUUGCCUCCAGCUCUUUCAGAACAAACCUUACUAAAUAUGGUAGCGAGACUUGCUUUCAAAUAGAGACGUGUUCAGGAGCCUAUCUGAAGGAUUAUCCAGAUAGUGGAACAGAUGAGGAGGAGGUGCUCAUCCCUCCCUAUGAAACAUUCAAUAUAACCCAAAUUAUUGAAGGUAAGGGUGAAUUUAAACCUCUGCCUGACUGUAAGAAGGUCUUUAUUUU